AUGGCGCCUGAUGCGGGCCUUUCGCGUGCCACAUUUGCAAAACUCUCGCCUCAUCCAUAUCUUCUUGCCAACCUAGAGCCUUCUGAUGACCAUGUUGCACCGGCACGAAGCAAUGGCCGCGCCCCAGAGGAGGUUCGCCCGACGACCGUCAAUCUCUCCAGCCUGUCACACCCGCAUGGCAGUUCUCUAGUUCGCAUGGGAGACACAACUGUCAUCUGCGGCGUUCGCGGCGAAACCAUCUUGGCACAACACAUCCCCAACUACCGUGCCUCCAACAGAGAAACUGAGCUUCGAGAUUAUGACCUGCUUGUGCCAAACAUUGAACUGGCCACGGGAUCUUCCCCCCAGUUUCUACCAGGAGGGCCGCCUACGACGCUGGCCCAGACUCUGAGCACCAGGAUAUAUUCUCUUCUUCACGACUCAAAACUGCUCCAAGCAGAGGAUCUGCGGAUAUGGCACACUCGGCCAUCGGAACGCAUGGUUGCUGAUGACGAUGAUGAGAUGGACGAAGACGAGGAGGAUGUCGAUAAGCAGAGUGGAGAAGAGUACGUGGCCGCAUACUGGGUGCUAUACAUUGACAUCUUCUUUAUUUCCUUUGACGGAAAUCCAUUUGACGCGGCCUGGGCUGCGACGCUCGCUGCAUUGCGAGACACGAAACUGCCUCGAGGACGCUACGACCCCGACCGUGACAUGGUUCUUUGCACAAAAAAGGACCCGAAGCCACUCACGAUUACGGGAAUGCCUGUUGCCUGCACGGCGGCGGUGUUUACAGGCAAGGAGACGGACAGGCCGACUGAUGGAAGGUUCUGGCUAUUGGUCGACCCUGACAGACUCGAGGAAUCACUGUGCGAUGAAAGCAUCACACUUGUAGUAGAUUGUCAAGAAGAAGCUAUGAGGAUAUUGUCCAUAUCCAAGCAUGGGGGCGUCGUAGUAUCACCAAAACUACUCCGAUCAAAGAGUCUUAUGAGCUGGGCAAACCAAAGGUGGAAGGGUGUUACAGCUGCGAUAACCGGCAACUAG